AUGGGAUCCUCAAUGCCAAGUCUCGCAUUGGAAUCGUCCAUCCAAGGCUCAAGAUCCACCAACUACAAAUAUCAUAUCCCCUCGGCUUUAUACAACUCGCAGAAGGUUUUCUGUUGGGAAUCUCCUGCAUAUCCUAAAAUGGCAUCUCAACUUCUCCCUCUGGAAUUGAUUGACAAGUGCGUUGGAUCUCGGAUAUGGAUCAUCAUGAAGAACGACAAAGAAUUCUCUGGCACUUUGCUCGGAUUCGAUGACUACGUCAAUAUGGUAUUGGAAGAUGUGACCGAAUUUGAUUACACUGGUGCGCAGGUCAAGCUGCCAAAAAUCCUCCUUAACGGAAAUAAUAUCUGCAUGUUAAUUCCUGGUGGUGAAGGGCCUGUUGGUAGUUCUUGAAUGAAGUUCGACAAUCUCAUAGUGAUGCAAUGACAACUUACCACGACUAGCGAUGACAUACUUGUAAUAUCUUUCAGAUUAUAGAAAAUUACCUUCUCAGCUGCGCUACAUCAUAUCCAGAAAUGUUGACUUGACUUUCGGCGCAGACCAAGGGAUUUGC